AUGGGUACAUUUGAAAGCUUCAGAAAAGCCUUUGGGGCUCUCAAGGACUCCACCAAGGUUGGUCUUGCAAAGGUCAAUAGCGAAUUCAAGGAUCUGGAUAUUGCCAUCGUCAAAGCUACGAAUCACGUCGAAUGUUUGCCAAAAGAACGACAUGUUAGAAAGAUUUUUUCUGCCACAUGCGCCCUUGCACCACGAGCAGAUGUCGCGUAUUGUAUUCAUGCACUUUCCAAGAGAUUAUUGAAGACCAGAAGUUGGAUCGUUGCCAUAAAGACGUUGAUAGUGUUUCAUCGGACGUUAAGGGAAGGUGAUCCGUCGUUCAAAGAAGAGUUACUGAAUUACAUGCAUCGAUCACAUGUUUUUCAGAUCUCAAAUUUCAAAGACGAUUCGAGCUCUCUUGCUUGGGAUUGCUCUGCAUGGGUUCGAACAUAUGCAAUGUUUCUUCAAGAACGGCUAGAGUGUUUCAGAAUGUUAAAGUACGACAUCGAGUCUGAGCGCUUGACUAAAUACGCACCGGGACUAGGCAAGGCAUAUAGUCGAACACGGCUCAUGAGUGGCGAGGAGCUACUAGAGCAACUACCUACGAUGCAACAACUUCUGCAUCGUCUCAUUGGAUGUCAGCCGGAAGGAGCAGCUUACUAUAACUAUCUUGUGCAAUAUGCUUUGGCUCUAGUUCUCAAAGAAAGCUUCAAGAUCUAUUGUGCCAUCAAUGAUGGGAUCAUAAAUCUUGUGGAUUUGUUCUUUGACAUGCCUAAACCCGACGCUGUAAAAGCUUUGAAUAUCUACAAAAAAGCGGGGAAACAGGCCGAGUAUCUUGCUGAGUUCUACGACUUUUGCCGACACUUGGAUCUUGCAAGGAGCUUCCAAUUUCCAACGUUGAAACAGCCGCCACCUUCGUUUCUUACGACAAUGGAGGAGUAUAUUAGAGAAGCUCCUGCGGUAGCUUCGGUUUUGAUGAAGAGAUUGGAGUACGAGGAUAUUGGAGAGGAUGAUCAACAAGCCGGAGACGAUAACUCUCAUGAAAGCGAGAAUAACAACGAACAAGUUGAAGACAAAGAGGCAGUGCAAGCUAAGCCCGAACUUGAGAUUGUGAAAGACGAACAUGUUCCACCAGUCGUAGUCGCCACCAAUGAUCACGAUAUUUUGGGAUUGCGUGAAAUAAACCAGAAAGCUGCAGAAUUAGACGAAAGAAAUGCAAUGGCCCUUGCCAUUGUUGAGAACGGUAGUCAUCCUCAAUCGUCGUCUAUAGAUUGGGACGAAAUCAAAAACACGCCAGGAUGGGAGCUUGCGCUCGUCGAAAAUAACAUCAACACUAGUAACAACACUUCACAAGCUCAAACGUGUGGUGGAUUCGACAAAUUCUUAUUGAACAGUUUAUAUGAAGAUGACGCGGCUAGAAGGCAAAUCCAAUUGCAAAAUGCUGGAUACAAUGUAGGUUAUAGAUACGAUUCACGAUAUAAUCCUUUCAACCAGGGACCACUACCGCCACCGCCACACCAACUCCAAGAUCCGUUCGCGAUGUCAAACGGAGUCUCACCCAUGAUGAAUGUGCAAAUGGCGAUGAUGCAACAACAACAACAAAUGACGAUGAACCAACAACCACCAUAUCAAAAUCAAUAUCAGCAGUUGUAUCAUCAACAGAACAUGAUGGUACCUUACAAUAACGGGUAUCCAAUGGGAACUUCAAAUCCAUUUGCAGAUGUUUACGAGUAUCCUCAAAGUAGUACACAACCACAUGGAAAUCACGGGUUAAUUUAG